ACCAUCUUUCCUCAUGGUAUCAAUAUUGCAGCCAGUUUUAACCCAGAACUUGCUUACGAGUCUGCCUCCAUCACUGCAAGAGAUACGCGUGCUGCUGGUGUUCAAUGGACAUUUGCUCCUGUGCUUGACAUUCCUGUUAGUAAACAAUGGCCACGUGUCUAUGAAAACUUUGGUGAAGAUCCUCAUCUUUCUUCCAUCUUGGGGGCUGCUUCCAUUCGAGGUUACCAAGGCAAGUAUAAAUCGGACCGAACCAAAGUUGCCGCUUGUAUGAAGCAUUUCAUUGCUUACGGUGCUCCCUGGAGUGGUCAGGAUCGUGAUUCAACUGUGGUCUCGGAUAGAACCAUUCAAGACUACUUUGUCCCCGGUUUCCAAGCUGCCAUUGACGCUGGUGUGGCCACAGCCAUGGAAAGUUACAUCGAUAUCAAUGGUGAGCCUGUUGUUGCAUCCAACAAAUAUCUUCAAAAGCUUUUACGAGACAAGAUGGGCUUUGAAGGUAUGUUAGUCACUGAUUGGCAAGAAAUCGAAAAUUUGCACAUUAAGCAUCGUGUUGCUGCCACACAUAAAGAAGCGGUGCGUAUGGCCAUCUCGGAUACAAGUAUUGACAUGUCCAUGGUACCUCAAGAUGUUAUCUUUUUUGACUCCAUGAUGGAACUCGUGAAAGAAGGUCGUGUCUCCAUUGACCGUAUUGAUGCUUCUGUUGCCCGUUUACUUCAACUGAAAAAGGACGUGGGUUUAUUAGAAACCGAUGGCUGGAAGGGAAACAAGGAACUUCAAGCCUUGGUAGGUAACGAAAAUGAUAUCAAGGUCUCUUUGGAUGCUGCUAGAGAAUCUCUUACCUUGUUGAAAAAUCACGAACAUGUUUUACCCCUUAACCCAAACAUUAUCAAGCGUGUCCUUGUGGUGGGCCCCACACAAGAUCAUUGGCACGGUAAAAUCGACGAUGAUCAGUUCUAUGAAAAGGGUAUCCAUAUUGUAAAAGGCAUGCAAUCCACUGCUCCUGAAGGUGUUCAUGUCGAGUACAUGACCGGAUUUGAUAUCGAUGGGUUAGAUGAAAACAUGGCUCAGGUCAUUGAAGCUGCCAAAGAUUUUGAUGCCCUUGUUGUCUGUGUGGGUGAGCACGUCUAUUCCGAAUCUCGGUUUUACUUAAAUUUUUAUCCCAUAGUACCAGGAAAUAUUCAUGAUAUCAAAUUACCUCAAGGACAAAUUGAUCAUGUAGCCCAACUUGCAAACAAGACUGAAAUUCCAUUAAUCACGGUGCUUUUAGAGGGAAGACCCCGUGUCUUAGAAACCAUCCAUGACAAUUCGGAUGCCAUCUUAUUAGCGUACCUUCCCGGCCCCUGGGGUGGUCAAGCCAUUGCCGAAGUCUUAUUUGGUCAAACAAAUCCUUCGGGUAAAUUACCGUACACCUAUCCUAAAUACGCCGGUGAUGUCAACUUGAACUAUUGGCGUCCUGUCAGUGAUGUCUGGGACCCUCUUUAUGAAUUUGGUCACGGUCUCAGUUACUCCAAAUUCGAUUAUGGUAAUAUCACGUUGGCUGGUAAAAACAACUUGCAACAAGAAACCUUGCCCAGUCUAUCAGCAGGAUCCGAUCAACAAACCGAAAUCAGCGUACAGAUCACCAACAAUAGUCCGUUCGAUGGUAAAGAGACCGUCUUGAUGUUUGUUCAUCAACCUUUCCGUGUCAUUACACCUCCAGCUAAACUCUUGAAGGCCUUUAAAAAAGUAUUUAUACCUGCCGGUCAAACAGAGACUGUACGAUUCACUCUGAAUGCCGAAUUAUUCCAAUACACUGGUAUUGACGAUACCCUUACCAUUGAUGAUGGACCUAUUAAAAUCAUGAUUGGAGAUCAAGAAUUUGAUUUUAAUGUGACUAAAUAA